AGGACUACAACAUAAUUUUCUACUGAAGGGGGGAUUCUUUCUUGAAGUGAACACAUAGGCAAUUGAUAAGUUGUAAAGGUACUGGGAAAAGAAAACCGUUAGCUCAGGGGCGAAAUUGCUUUUAUAAUAACGAUUCCAACAGUUGAUUUGCGUCGCUACAUCCUUCAUUGCAACGAAAGCGGUUAAGUUCGGCGUGUUCUCUACGCCAGUUGUUUAGUGGGAGGAAAAUGCCAUCUUUUUCAUGGAGGCUUUGGCUUGGCCUGGUUCUGAUCCUCCCAUCUUCUUCGCUGGCGGCGGACGAAGUGUCGUCGCUGCUGCAGGACUGGCAUGACGUGUGGCUGUUCCGCUUCUUCCUCAACGUGCUGGGCUAUACCACCAUCAUCAUCCCCGGCUACUUCCUCAUCACCUACUUGAAGAGGAUCAACUACCUCCAAACAGGUGUGGAUGAUCUACAAACUGGCCGAGGCAUUUUCUAUCCUGUCAUAAAGGCCUGUGUGUUUGGAAGUGAAACGAAGACGGGUCUCCUAGACGAUGUGUCGCUAGCUCCCAGAAAUGAUGCGGACUCGGGCUCGUCGGCCAGACAAGCCUUCAAGUUAGUCUUCUGCGCUGCAGGACUUCAGGUGUCCUACCUGACAUGGGGUGUCCUACAGGAGAGGGUGAUGACUCGCUCGUACGGGGCUUCCACCCCUGAGGAGGAGGGCGAACACUUCAAGGACUCCCAGUUCCUGGUGUUCAUGAACCGUAUCCUGGCGCUGACCGUGUCAGGCCUGUGGUGUGUCCUGUUUAAGCAGCCCCGCCACGGCGCACCCAUGUACAAGUACUCAUUUGCCUCGCUCUCCAACGUCCUCAGCAGCUGGUGCCAGUACGAGGCCCUCAAGUACAUCAGCUUCCCCACCCAGGUGCUGGCCAAGGCCUCUAAAGUGAUCCCUGUCAUGCUCAUGGGCAAGAUUGUGUCACACAAGAGCUACGAGUACUGGGAGUACCUGACGGCGGCACUCAUCUCUCUGGGCGUCAGCAUGUUCUUGUUGACGAGCACGGCAGAUAAGCACCCAUCUACGGUCACAACGUUCAGCGGCGUGGUCAUCUUGGGUGGCUACAUAGUCUUCGACAGCUUCACGUCCAACUGGCAGGACAACCUGUUCAAGCACAAGAUGUCAUCUGUGCAGAUGAUGUUCGGGGUCAACCUCUUCUCCUGCCUCUUCACCGUGGGCUCGCUGCUGGAGCAGGGCGCCUUCUUCGACUCGCUGGCCUUCAUGACGCGCCACUCGGAGUUCGCAUUCCAUGCUGUGCUGCUGUCGGUGUGCUCGGCGUGCGGUCAGCUCUUCAUCUUCUACACCAUCGCGCAGUUCGGUGCCGCCGUCUUCACCAUCAUCAUGACCCUGCGGCAGGCCAUCGCCAUCCUGCUCUCCUGCUUCCUGUACGGCCACGCCGUCACCAUGGUGGGGGGCUUUGGCAUGGCCGUGGUCUUCCUCUCCCUCUUCCUGCGUGUCUACGCCCGCAGCCGCAUGAAGGCGGGACGCAAGGUACCGCAGCCACAGGUGCAGAAGGUCUAGGAGGAGGAAUUGGAGGGAACUGGAAAAUGAACUAAAGCCACGUUUUCGGUGGCGCUUUUUCUCAUCUGUGUGUCCAGUUUGACUUUUUAAGUGUUAAUUUUAUGGGUUUCUACUUGUAUAGAAAGGUACAGAAAGGGAUUUAAUGCCUUUUAAAGGUGUUUGACUUGACACGAACUGAGCUGUUGUCGGAGGUCAUUCGGCUAAAACAAUCAGCAGUCACAGGCGUUUUAAAUUACACGGCAACCGUCGCUUGUCCAUUUGUGUAUCUGAAACCCAGCUCAAAAGCAUACCACAUUGGCAUGUGAAAUGUAAAUAACUGAUAAUGGCUGACGCCUUUUGAUUUCUGCCUCCAUGAUAUGCUUCUGGAGCAGCACUCGGAACAUAAAUUUGACAUUUGAGGUGUGGUGUUGGCGUUAGCGCUAGUACAUGAGCUGUGUACUGCAAGACUCCAGCUCUUGGUAAUGUAACAUUGCGAAUGGCACCAUAUUAAGUGGUUUAUAAGGCCUCUAUGAAAAGUUACUUUGACAGUGAGAGAACAUGAGAUUUUGUGGUGAGCGGAGCAGGGGAUCAUCUCUGUUUAGAUACUAUAUCAAUUUUGUUUAAAAACGAUGUCAUUAUUGCAUUGUUCUACUUUUUGGACAUGGCAUGAGAGAAAUGUUCUGUGAUCAUUACUAGUCAAUGAUCAGGUAAUUCUGUUUGAAUAUUUUAUUUCUUCUGUAUAAAGAAGAUUCACUUUGGGCAGUGCUCUGACUUGAGAUCUGCCCACUUAACUUACGUUUUCGCAGAAGUCUAUCAUUGACAUGAAUGAAGGAUUUACGCGGACAUUCGAGCUGUGCAAACCCAGAUCUCAAGUCAAAAUACAGAUCAUAGAAAGUUGAUGUUUUUUGUCCCUCGUGGCUUACCAGUGUAUGUCUGAUAAGGAAUGUUACUGAUCGUGUCCCCACAGAGAGAACUAAACCAUUUUCCUCACAGUAUCACAAGAAUAAAUGCGCAGCUUACCAGCAAACCAUCAAAAAUAACUUUGCAGCAGUUAAUGUUCUAUAUUAUAUGGACCUGGAACUGUGUCUGUCACCAACACAGUGCCUACAGAAAGUAUUCAGACCACUUGACUUUUUCCACAUUUUGUUACGUUACAGCCUAUUCUAAACUGUAUUACAUCGUUUUUUUCCCCCUCCUCAAUCUACACACAAUUCCACCAUAAUGUCAAAGCAAAAACGGGUUUUUAGAAUUGUUUGCAAAUGUAAUUUAACAAAAUAUUAUAUUUGCGUAAGUUUGCAGACCCUGUUCAUUCAUGCACCUGAGCUCAUAGCAAAGGGUCUGCAUACUUGGGUAAAUAAGGUAUUUCUGUUUUUAAAGUUGUAUAAAUAUGCAAACAUUUCUAAAAACCUGUUUUCGCUUUGUAAUUAUAGGGUGUUGUGUGUAGAUUGAAGAGCAAAAAAAUCAAUUGAAUCAAUUUUAGAAAAAGGCUAACGUGACUGUGGAAAAAGGCUAACGUGACUGUGGAAAAAGGCUAACGUGACUGUGGAAAAAGGCUAACGUGACUGUGGAAAAAGGCUAACGUGACUGUGGAAAAAGGCUAACGUGACUGUGGAAAAAGGCUAACGUGACUGUGGAAAAAGGCUAACGUGACUGUGGAAAAAGGCUAACAGGACUGUGGAAAAAGGCUAACGUGACUGUGGAAAAAGGCUAACGUGACUGUGGAAAAAGGCUAACGUGACUGUGGAAAAAGGCUAACGUGACUGUGGAAAAAGGCUUGGGAUCUGAAUACUUUCCGCUGCAGUGUGUGUGUGUUCGGCCAACAGAUGCUUAUUCAAGAUGCCCAUCUUAUUUUUAAAUAGGACACACUAAUGUUGGGUCAUGCAAAAGACAAUUUACUGUCAAAUGCCAGCAAGAGUUGCAGCCAGACGGAUUUGAACAUUAAGCCUGCACAAUUAUUUGCUCUCUGCUUUGUUUAGUUUAGGAUUCAACUCGGCAAACCAUAGUGACAUAUUUGAUUAGCAUAAAUGCCAUCAAUCUUUAUGCUGUAUGUUAAAAGUUUUGUGGCAUUAAUUUAGUGGCCUGGCUGACCCAGGAAGUGUGUAUGGAGAGGGAAGGACUUCCAGUUUGCCUAGCCAGGCAAAUGAAUCGGCGCUAUGUAUAUAAACGAAUUAUCAUUAAUUGAUACACUAUAUGUUUGUAUACAGUACCAGUUAAGUUUGGACAAACGUACUCAUUCGAGGGUUUUACUUAAUUUUGUAUUAUUUUAUACAUUGUAGAAUAAUAGUGAAGACUUCUAAACUAUGAAAUAACACACACUACCAUUCAAAACUUUGUGGUCACUUAGAUAUUUACUUGUUUUUGAAAGAAAUGCAAAAAAUGUUUGUCCAUUAAAAUAACAUCAAAUUGAUCAGAAAUACAGUGUAGACAUUGUUAAUUUUGUAAAUUACUAUUGUAGCUGGAAACAUUUUAUUUUCAUGGAAUAUAUACAUAGGUGUCCAGAGGCCUAUUAUCAGCAACAUCUCUCGGAUGUUCCAAUGGCACGUUGUGUUAGCUAAUCCAAGUUUAUCAUUAUAAAAGGCUAAUUGAUCAUUAGAAAACCCUUUUGCAAUUAUGUUAGCACAGCUGGAAACUGUUGUACUGAUUAAAUAAGCAAUACAACUGUCCUUCUUUAGACUAGACUAGUUGAGUAUCUGGAGCAUCAGCAUUUGCCUGUUUGAUUACAGGCUAAAAAUGGCCAGAAAAUAAGAACUUUCUUCUGAAACAUGUCAGUCUAUUCAUGUUCUUAGAAAUUAAGGCUGUUCCAUGUGUGAAAUUGCCAGGAAACUGAAGAUCGCAGAACAGCGCAAACUGGCACUAACCAGAAUAGAAAGAGGAGUGGGAGACCCGGGUGCACAACUGAGCAAGAGGACAAGUACAUUAGCAUCUAGUUUGAGAAACAGAUGCCUCACAAGUCCUCAACUGGCAGCUUCAUUAACUUUUUGGCGCACCCAUCCUGUUAGCAGGAUCAUUUGUCAACAUCCACUGAAUUGCAGAGCGCCAAAUUAAAUUACUCAAAAGAUUUAAUUUUCAUAAUCACAAGUGCAAUAUAGCAAAACAAAGCUUAGCUUGUUGUUAAUCCACCUGGCAUAUCAGAUUUCAAAAAAGCUUUACAGCAAAAGCUAUCCAAGCAUUUAUGUUAGGACAUCUCUCUCAG